ACUGCGAAACCUGAACGGGAACCUGUGGCUUUUGCUAUAAAUUUAGUCGGAGCGCCGCCUGACGUAGAGGAGUUGGUUAAUAAUAUCAGGGUAGUUGCCGAGCAGUUUCUCUACCACUGGAAGACAUUUCCAAUAAUUCUACCAACGCCCUUAUCAACUCGAGCUCCUAUCAGUGAGUCGGAAGAAAGAUCAGUUGGCCGCAGGGUAAGGGCCUUACAUCUUAGGGACUUGUUUGUGACUCCGCCUUUCGAUGAAUUGGACGCAGUGGCAUCUGAUGGCAAAGGUGAGCCAAGGUUCUUAAACAAGACUCAGCUUCAGGCUAUCAAGGAAAGGGGAGAAUUUGAGGUACCAUCCCUUAAUUUCCCGGAUCAGAAGCACAAAUGGCGUCUUUCACCAUUACUACAAGGGGGCGCGGCGAGGGCUCGCGAAACUUUAGAUUCGGAUUUGGCUCUUGCUGCAAGAUUGUUGGUAAUAACUGCCAGAGAGAGAAUUUGGGGUAGUUUUUUCUCAAUCAAAGAAGCCUUGAAAGCCAUGGGCCGUGGUCUUCUGAAGCUGUUAGACCUAAUUUUUGGAGUGCCAUCGCUUCAAGCUCAUAACCUUGAAGCUAAAAUUCGAGAAGAAAGAUGCCGUUAUCUCGUAGCGGAAUUAAUUUGUCGGUCCGAAUUUGAAGGAACAUUGGAGCGCCUUUGUAGUUUUAUAAGAAGACAACUUCGUCGUGCCGCCACUGAAAAGUUUGAAGUAGAACGUGAAUCUUCGCACGCUCCCGUUUCUGUGCCAUAUUUGUAUUUAACCCCCAAUGGUCAAGAAGUAGAUUUAAGGUUAUUUAGUCGCGACAUUAUGAAACGAGCAGUUCCGGUACUGAUAGGAAUAUUAGAACGCGAAACUAGAGGUUGGUUUCUGCAUUUUCGUGAAAGAUUGAUUUCAGAAUUGCGAGCCCAAAAGAAAUCAGAUGUUGACAUUGAAAGGGAAGUGAAUGAAGCUGUCAUGCUAGAGUAUUUGCAGCGUGUCUAUUCCUGCAUAUUGGCGCAUCCAGAACUUCAAGCUCUCGGUGACGGUAUACCACAGUUGUUAGUGCAGCAGGCACAAAGCGUUGUUCUAAUGCACAGAGCGGUGGAAAGUGUGCAGCGUCAACUCAUGCUAUCGAAAACGAAUCUCGAACGCAACCUCAAAGAUGAACAUCCAAUUUUAUCCAGAGUAAGACCUUGGUUAAUUGCUCGUUUAGCGAACUGUGAACAACAAUUUACCACUGAAAAAGCUUGGAGUGCUCAUGAAGAAGCCUUGAGAAUGUGUCAAGAACAAAGGGGCUUGGAGCAAACUACGUAUUUUCUGAACAGGGAUUUAACGUUUAUGAAAGAGAGAGAGCCAGUUCUUCUUAAAGAAUUACGGAAAGUUAAAAAUCCAACUAGAAGCUUUUCUUGGCCAACAAGGAUAUGGUUUUCUAGAAACUGGAUAGUGCGGCGAGCUUUUCAAGGACAUUCUGAAGUUAUUCCAACUGUUUUAAGUCAGCAAGCGACCAGUAUAGUCACUCCUCGCUCCGAUCCCAGCCAACCAGUAUUUCUGGUUGAAAAAGAAGUAGUUAAAACAUCUACAACACGUUGGCCGUUUUGGAGGUGGUAUAAUUGGUUGCAAAGAACCUGGAGCUGGACUUGUAAUGCAAUAUUUCUAUUAGGUGCUAUUUUACCAUGGUGCAGUCCAAUAGGUAUGAGAGCUUUGUUCUUUUUGAACCCUUUUAUGCCGGAUUUGGAAUUAUCGCAAAUAAAUGGAACACUUUUUCCGCGAAAAAGUAGCUUGACGCAAACAUUAUGUUCUCGAUUAGUUGAACUAUGGAUACAUAUUUCGAAAUCGAGAACAAAAUUUGAGACCCAACCUGAUACAGGUUUCAUAGGAAAGGGAUUAACAAGGCACACUAACAGAAUUUGGAAUUAUGUAAUAAAGGGUUUUGGAGGUACUUUAUGUUUGUUAUUUUUAUUUCCAAUAACUUGCCUCUGUAUAACCUUGGUAAGUUUAUUUGGAGCUGCUCUUGCAUUUAUCUGGGUCCCAUGUGUUACACUCAUACUGCAUCUGUUUAUGAUUUUGAUCUACGAUUUUGACAGCCCGGAUAUCAAUAGGAAUAGAUUUUUUGUUCUUGUUGAAGCUUUACUUUUGAAUAUAUUUUUGCAAGGAGUGGUUCAACCAAUGAUAGCUUUAACCGUUGCCGGUGUCUUAUGUCCAGUAGCUGCAAUUUUGGUACUAAUAUAUGCUGUGUUCAGGUAUGGAUUUCGAUUACUAUGGGAUCAUAUUGCAUUUCAUUUAAUAAUUCGAAAACGUGGCCGCAUUCCUGCCUGUGAUAGUUUUGUUGUAAAGAGAGUUUCGGGUCCGGGCCUGGCGAAUGACUAUUACUUCCAAAUAAAACCAGAGCAAGCUCUAGCUGCCUUUGAAGCUAAAAUGGAAUUGGAUGAAUUAUUAGCUUAUCAGCAAUUCACUGAGAUGAUGAUUCUUCAACCGCAAAAAGAUUUUAGCCAAUUUGUAGAAGCUUGUUUUGGACCUUUUUCAGCACAAUUAGCCAAGUUUGGACCAUACAAAGGUCUUGAAAAAGAGGCACAAGAUUUAAUAUCUUCAUUACAAGAGAAAUUGGAAAAACGUAGAAGAGAUCUUCAAACUGGAUUAAGCGUUGCAGUAAAGAAUAAAAUUAAAUUGAAUGCAAAUGAAUUAAAGAUAGCAAUCCAACAAGGUGCCCUGAUGUUGGAACGCUUUUAUCCCAACCACGUUUUGGCACGUCUUUCUAUAAGUGAGGAAGAAUUUUGGGACACUAAAGGUUUAAGUCCAGGAGAUUGGGCUGGGCUUGCUGGGCUAAUGUAUACUGACAUAUUUAGUCUAGAUUUCUUAACACCUCUGAAUGAAACUGAUGCUGCUUUUAAACUAGAUGCUCAUACUCAAGUUGAUUUGCAUAGAUACAGUGAAAUGGUCAACAGCACAGAAUUAGGAUUUGGUGGUCCAGAUUUACUAGGAGCCGUUUAUUCACCUAGAGGCAACAUACAAAUUCAUUCACCAUAUUUGGAAAUAUCAGCUUUCAAUCCACGUUCAAGAAUUACUUUAACGACAAGAAAACUAGAGAAAAGGAAUGAAGCUAAUUCUCAUAUGUCAGUGAGCAGGAGUGCUCAACGUUGUCGCGCCGCCUGUCCAAUCUUUUCAGAUAAGACUGGAAAAACUCAAUGGACGCAAUGGAAAACUCGUAAUUCGCCGAGGAAAACAUAUAUGGCCGAAAAGUUAUUAAUACCCUUGCCUGUCCCGCAUCCUGUAGUUAUUGCCAUAACCAUUCAUAAUAGAGACUCUGAACAACCUAUACCAAUUGAUUCUGAUAUUUGUCGAGAGAUCAUGAGAGCUGUGGAAGACAGUCAUCUUGAUCUUCAUGUUAACAUGGCAUCAAGAUAUAGAGGAGGUGCCGGAGGACAAGGAAUGGAUUCCAGCUUUGAUUCUAUCGAUUCACAAACAUCUGCAGGAACUGGAGAUAGUCUUGGCGAUGGUAUAGAUGGUAUAGGUGGCGAAGAAGAAGGCGGUCAAGAACCACAAACACUCCCCUGUGGUGGGGAAGAUAAUGGAGUUAAAAUUGGAGGGCUAAACACGCAACCCGUUGCGGGCUAUCACUGGACCUUAAGUAACUGGGGCGCAGCAACAGGCCGAAGACGAAAUAAUUCAACGACCGUCAGGGUUGACCUGGCGAGUCCUGAAGACAUAUCGCUCGAUACGGACAGCUCGAGAGCAGUUUUUAAUGCAUAUGGAACCAACGUUUAAUAUUGUUUAGAUAUAUAUAUUUAGUAUUAUACUAUAAUAUUUAUGAUACUCGUAAAAAUCAUGACAAUUUUUAAUAAUGUAUUAGUUUAAGGUAUUUUAAAAUGCACUCACAAUCAUGGAAGUUUGAAAAGAUAUUUAAAUGGUUUCAAUACCAUAGAGUGAUAAUAAUUUUUUGCUUCAAAUAUCAUAUACCAAAUAUUGAUCAUAAACAAAAAUUGUAAAUUUCGUAAUUGUAACUUACGACAGUUGAUUUAUGUUGCAUGAAAGCAUCGUCGGUUUUCCGCCUAAUGAACGAAUAAUAAAAAUAAAAUUACGUAUUUACUUGUGUAAGGCCAUUCAAGUAAAAUUACACACUUUGAAUUAAAUGAGUUAGUUGUAAAUCUCAGAAUUUAAUAAUAAAUACCAAAACCCCUCUAAGUAAAAUACUCAUUUUAUUCACUGGUCAUGUAUUUAUUUGGAUAUAUGGUGCAGUCUAUAUUGCUUCACAAUGUUGGAAGGCCUAAGUCUGAUACCAUAUUUGUAUUAUCCUGAUAUCAAGCAGCAGCUAUUUUAUAUUUAUUUUAAUUUUACCAUAUAUAUUUAUAUUUAU